AUGGCUAUAAGUAUUCCCCAGACGGUGUUUAGGGUUCCAGAGGAGAUUGAAUCCAAAAAGCAUAAGAAGGGGAAGAAAGUAUUUACGAAGUAUAAGAGUAUUGAUUCGUACUUCAAGCAACUGAAGGAAUCAACUGAUGAUUCGAAUUUCAGUAUUAUUGAUGAUUUUGGAUUAGAAGAUCAACAUACUUGGAAUGACGUUAUUGAAGAAGUUCAAAGACUCAAUAACAAGCACGGACAUAAGAAGCAAUAUAAGCUCUUCUUUCUUGCUAGACAUGGAGAAGCAUGGCAUAAUGUUGCCGAAGAGUAUUAUUCCUCGAAGGAAUGGAACUGUGAAUGGCAAAUGAAGGAUGGCAACGGAACCAUUGAAUGGUUUGAUGCUAGAUUGACUUCAACUGGUGAGGGCCAAAUAGAAAGCUUAUCGAAGGCCUGGGAUUCCCAAAUCCAUCACAAUAAUGCUCCAAUUCCACAACUGUAUUACAUCUCCCCAUUAACUAGAACUUUACAGACUUUUGAAUUGACUUGGUCUAAUUUAAUCAACAUUUAUGACUCUAAACCAAAAGUUGUCGAAUUAGCCAGGGAGACUUACGGAAUCGGAACAGAAAGUAAGAGACAUAAUGCAAGCUAUAUUGACUUCAAUUUCCCAUUUGUGAAAUUCGAUACUGGAUUUACGUUCAAUGAUGACUUGUGGAUUCCAGAUAAACAUGAAAGUCACCAACAUCGCAAUUACCGUGCUCAUUUAUUAUUGAAUGAAAUCUUCAAAAAAGACGAUAACACCGUCAUUUCAAUCACCUCUCAUUCUGGUCUUAUAAGUUCAAUUUUGAAAGUCAUUGGACAUCGUAAAUGGGAGUUGAAAACUGGUCAAAUGGUUCCAGUUAUCAUUGAGGGAAGUAAGCCAGGACAUUACAAAAAACCAACUUUAGAUCGUCCUUGGAAUGAUCUCAAAGAAUGUAAAGACUCAUCAAAUGAAUAUGUACUCUAA